GUCCCGGCCGGCUCCGCCCCGCCGCCCCCGCCGCCGCCGGUGAUCAGCUGCCGCGCGUCACGUGGCGCGUGUCGAAGGUCACGGCGGCACAAUGGAGCUGUCGGCGGCCGCGCAGGGCGGGUGGCGGCUGCUGGGCGACCCCCGCCGCCUCCCCCGGGCCGCCUACACCGCGCUGCUGCGCGCCGCCUUCCGCGGCCUCCUGCAGCCCCCCGGCGGCCUGGACGAUCCAGACCUGCAAGAUAUCGACCCGGCGGUGUUAAAGCACUGCCACGCCGCAGCUGCGAUGUGCAUUCUGGAGGCAGCAAAGCAGAGAGCCGACGUGGCUGCCAUCAGCACGUGCCUGGAAGACUGUAAAUUGGAGAAAGAGAGAAUCGAGCAGUUUUGCACCGAAUACCAGAAAAACAAGGAUGCCUUGGAAAUCCUGUUGGGAAGAGUGAUUCAGGAUCGCACCCAGAUGUUAGUUUUAGUUGCACGAUGGAGCAAUUGCAGGUACUUCUUUCCUUCCUCAUUAGCCGCCCGCUCCGCCGGCAAAAUGCACCGGACCACCAGGAUCAAAAUCACGGAGCUGAACCCCCAUCUGAUGUGCGUGCUGUGCGGCGGGUACUUCAUCGACGCGACGACCAUCAUCGAGUGCCUCCACUCGUUCUGCAAGACGUGUAUCGUGCGUUACUUGGAGACGAGCAAGUACUGCCCCAUUUGCGAUGUCCAAGUUCACAAAACCCGGCCGCUUUUGAACAUAAGGUCAGAUAAAACUCUCCAAGAUAUUGUAUACAAGCUAGUGCCAGGCCUUUUCAAAAAUGAAAUGAAAAGAAGAAGGGAUUUUUAUGCUGCUCAUCCGUCGGCUGAUGCUGCCAAUGGCUCUAAUGAAGACAGGGGAGAAGUGGCUGACGAAGACAAAAGAAUUAUAACAGACGACGAGAUAAUAAGCUUAUCCAUUGAAUUCUUUGACCAGAAUAGACUGGAACGAAAAGGAAACAAGGAGAAAGAAAAAUCAAAGGAAGAGGUGAAUGACAAAAGAUACUUACGCUGCCCAGCAGCAAUGACAGUGAUGCAUCUAAGAAAGUUCCUGCGGAGUAAAAUGGAUAUUCCUAACACUUUCCAGAUCGAUGUGAUGUACGAAGAGGAGCCUUUGAAGGACUACUACACCCUAAUGGACAUCGCCUACAUCUACACCUGGAGACGGAACGGCCCUCUGCCCCUCAAGUACAGAGUGCGACCCACUUGCAAGAGAAUGAAGAUCGGUCACCAGAGGGAAGGCUUGAAUAACAGCGGGGAGCUAGAAAGUGACUCUGGGAGCGAUAAGGCGAGCAGCCCAGCAGGAGGCAUCCCCUCCACCUCCUCCUGUUUGCCCAGCCCCAGCACGCCGGUCCAGUCUCCCCAUCCCCAGUUCCCGCACAUCUCCAGCACCAUGAACGGCACCAGCAGCAGCCCCAGCAGUAACCACCAGUCCUCCUUCACCAACAGAGCGCGGAAAACCUCAAUAAACGGCUCCUCGGCCACUUCGUCCGGUUGACGGGCCCACGAGACUACCGCCCCCGCCCCUCCUUUCUAUAGAUCUCUCCAUGCCAUUACAGCUUUAUAGAUGCUAAUCCAUGUGACUAUCGUCCAAACUGCUUUCUUUUGUAGUGACACUGAACUUGGCUAUAAAAGGCGGACUAGGUGACAUUCGCUGUGGACGUUAAUUGCGACGCAAGAUUGAAAUGUAAAUUGUUUUCGAAGGACUGGGAAGCAAAGAGGAGCGACACCUUCAUGUGUUCUGAAUGAUGUGGAGUUGUUUCCGUCCCCGUCAUCUGGACCCGGGAGUCUCCCGAAGUUGAUAUAAAACCCCUGGGAAGUAGUUUGUUAAUCCAGACUAACUCCUCCAUCGCGUUCUCUUCAAUUGUUAUUGUUAUUAUGCUGUUUUGUGAACCUGUAGAAAGCAAGUGCUUUUUCAUCUUGAAAUCCAACGAAACGGAAAGAAUAUGCAUAGAAUAAUGCAUAUAUGUAGCCAUGUCACUGUGAAUAACAAUUUUUGCGUAUUAGCCAUUUUGAUUCUUAUGUUGCAUCUUUAAUUCUCUGUUGCUGCGCAGAACCGAUCAAAAGAAAAGUAAACUUCAGUUUUACAAUCUGUAUGCCUAAAAGCGGGUAUUACCGUUUUAUUUACUGACUUGUUUAAAUGAUUCGCUUUUGUAAGAAUCAGAUGGCAUUAUGCUUAUUGUACAAUGCCAUAUUGGUAUAUGACAUAACAGGAAACAGUAUUGUAUGAUAUAUUUAUAAAUACUAUAAAGAAAAUAUUGUGUUUCAUGCACUCAUGAUAUGGUUGUUAAAUUUCGAAACUGGUUCGACCCUUGCAGAUGCCGCCUGUUUGAGCUUUGCUCAUACUGCGAGAAACACUUUGCGUGUGAAAGCUACAGUAUUGGGGAAGCACAUUCGAGUCUCUGAUAACCUGGGGGCAAUUGGCAAUCUUAAAAGCAUUUUACUGCCUUUGUCUUUUUUUUUUUUUUUUUUCAAGUGGUAUAUUUUAACUUUACCAAAUGUUGUUGAAGUGAUGCAGUGAAGAAAAAAAAAAAGUUAAGGGAGAUGAAAGUAAUUGACCUGUUUGAUUACCUUUUUAUUAUUUGGAGUGGUGGGAUUGUGUUUUUAAAAGCACAUGGAAUCAUUAUAGAAGCCAUAAACUAUUUGGUAUAAAUUUUAAGGAACCAGCAAAUUGCUGGGUGAAGGCAUUUUGUCUAAAUUUGUUUUAAUAUAUAUGUAUAUGGUACAGUACUAACUUCAUUAAAAUUUAACAGGUACUUUAAUAUUUCCAAUAAAUUGUGGAGAAUGCCUCCUCUUUAAUGGCCUGCAAAUAGGUGCAUUUUAUUAGAGGCUUCUAAGGGUAUUAUUUUUUUUCAGCAGAAGGAACUUUUCCGACAUAAAAUAUGAACAGCCCAGAACACUUUUCAGUUUGUGCUUUGCUUUGGUCGAACUUCGUGUGUGUUCAUCACCCAUCAGUUAUACAUUUGUGAGGGUGUUUAUUCUAUAUGGAUAUUGUUUCAUGUUUGUACGGGAAAAUUGUAGUUAAACAUUUCAUUGUCUCCAGUCUGCAAAAGAAGCACAAUUCUAUUGCUUUGUCUUGCUUAUAGUCAUUAAAUCAUUACUUUUGCAUAUAAAUUGCUGUUAUUUGUCCUGCUUGUUUUUAUAGACCAGGUGAUUGCAAAUCCUCCACAAGGUUAUUGCUUAUUGAUGUAUAAUGUCUUGUUAAACAAGAGUUGAUAUUUUUUCCUGUAGUAAACAUGUACAGUUCAAUUUCAACAGUAAAAACUUCAGUUUUAUAUA